AACUUUGUGAACGACGGCCACUGUUUCGACCUUGCGCAGAAAGACCAGACGCUGGCGUGCAGUGGCAAGACACAUUUGCAAAGGAGUUCUGUAUCUACGCUUCGGUGGAUCCUGCAAGUGAUACAAGCUCACCACUCCAACGACAGGCACUUUACAGCCAAGGUCAAGAGAGAGAUCGCAGCCAUGACUCAGCAGCAGAAAAACUCAGGCUGGCUUUGCCUGUGGUGCAGGGUCAUGAAUUGGAAGCAUGCAUUAUGCUGCCACCGUUGUGGCGGCAAAUGGUACGAAGUUGGGGAGGACACAGAAGAUGGCAACCAAGCCUACGCUCAGUGGCAUCAGAGCCCACGAAGGCGGCAGGCUCCUGGGGACAACCAUCAGAGACCGAAGUCGCCCCGACCCAAAGGCAAGGGACGUGGUGGCUACACCCCCAGUCCAAGACCGAAGCAGAAUCGGCAUCGCAGGGGCAAGAAGACAGCAGACACAUCGGCCCUUGCAGAUGCCCAACAAGCGAAACCUCCUGUGCUUCCAGAGGUUGGCAAUGGAUCGACUUCUUGGUUGGCACUAUUGCAGAUGCAACAAGCAGCAAACCAAGCAGCCCAAGCCUCGCAGGAAGCCUCCAAUGCAGCACCAUCUACUGCACCGCCCCAGCAGUCCGCUGCAAUGAGACAGCUGCUCACAUCGCUCAAGAAGGACCAGGAGAAGUUAUCGCCGGAAAACCAAGAAUUGGUCAAGACUCUGACCGUCAAGGAGGAGAAAAACGAAGAGAAAGAAUUGCAGAUUGCUGCAAAGGACAUGGGAAAAGCUCGCAGAGACCUGCAGGAGGCCUUCGAAGCAAGGUCCAACCUUCAUCACAAGUGGAGGACGUUUCUGUCCAUGAGUGUCGCGCAAUGGCAGGCCUUUACGACAGAAUUUCAACAGCAGGAAUCAGCGGCCAAUCUCACUAUCCAAGCAGCCAAGGACUCGCUGGCCUUGGCCAAGCAGAAUCUCGAGACCUCCAAGGAAGCGUUCCAAUCCCCACGAGAUGUUCGCCAAGUCUCGGAGGUCCACGAUGUCAUGUCAGACGAGGAAACUCAGGAAGAUCAGGGAGCUCAAAAGCUGCAAGAGGGCUUGCAGAAUUUGACAACGUCCCUCCAAGAUCUUCACAAGGCUGCAGAAGAUGCGAUUGCAGUCGAGAAUGCCUCGAAGAAAGCAAGGCUCAGCGACGCAACAGAUGUGUCGGGGCUUCCAGGUGGCAAAGCUUUGCAGCCUUUUGGUUGCGAGUACCAAGGGCGGGCACCCAUUUGUUCUGAUGUUUUCCAGAUGAAGUGGACGCACCGUAUUCUUUCUGAACCGGAUUUUCGCACAGAAUGGCAUGCAAGGGCUGCGGCUGUUCGCCUUUCAUUUGAAUGCGAUACCAUAUCUGAAAGUUUCACUUCUCGGAAGCCAUGGACACAAAGUGACAAACACCCACACUACCGGGUGCAUUUUGAUGACUCUUUCUCCUUGCUUUGCAGUGAUCCGGAGGCCGGGAUUUGCUCCAUUUUUCAUGGCAAACAUGGAGAUGUUCAAACAUUUAUCAAGCAAUUUCAAAACACAACCCUUUUGGAUGAUGAUCCGCUGUCGAAUAGUUCGGCCGUGUCGAUCUCCCAAAGGGAUGACAUUCCUCAGGAUGAAUGCAAUUUGAUGCAAUUGGCUACCCACAUGGCCUCAGGGAUUGUGACUGCCAAUGAGCCUGGUGUGCCAGUUUGGUACCCAUUGCCUGACCGCGGAAUGCUGCCGGCAGAUGAUCAUGACAUGGACCAAGCUUCUGAUGACUCUGAUGGAGACAGAUCUGAUGAAGACCCUGGAAGAGACGAGGAUCCUGUUGAUCCUGAUUCUCCAGAUGAUUUGAUUCAUCCGCCAUCUGAGAGCAGCGACCGUCAAUCAGCAUUGAUGUACCAUCUUGAUGACCAACCCAUUCAUGCAAUGCUGUUUUGGACAGAUUUCGAACGUCUAAUGAGUGAAAUCGCACGGCACUAUCAGAUUCACAGAGAGGCACUUUUUGAUUCCUAUGAACUCAACAUGAGACCAAAGGAUAUCCCACCAGGAACGGCGCCACUUUUGGUUCACUUCGUGAAUGAUUUUCCGCAUGGUGCCAAUCUUGUGCUAGCUCUUGUUGACAUUGAAUUGCAUGGCAAUGAAUGUGAGACACACUUUCAAACAUUUCCUGACCUGCAACGUAGAGUGAUUCCAGUCCCUGGCCGGCUCACCCGGGACGUGCUCCUUCGUCUUGCAAAGGUUUUGGAUUAUUGUAAAGUUGAACAUGAGCGCUGCCUUGUCGAGGUCAAUGCGGUCCCAUGGAAUGUUCAAAAUCGUUUGCCAAUUGACAUGCAACAUGGUGACUACAUAAGAAUCCUUAUUCCACCUCCGACUGAUUGCAGGGUUGGGACACAAGAAAUGCUGAAUGACAGCCAUCAUUUGACAGUUGAGGACUUCUGGGGACGGUAUUAUGUGCCAUCGAGCCCGGAAGAUGCAUCGGGUUCUGACCAUUCUAGUGUCUCGCCAAGCCUCAUCGACUCUGAAGCAAUCAAGAGAGAAUUUGGCCCUCACUCAGACACUGACCAAGAUGACCAUUCACAAAUGCAACUGCCAAAUGCGCCGGCCGCAGCUUCUUCCGAUAACAAUGUGAAUCUUGCACAACAAGUUGAACAAAUUGUCAAUAGCUCUUGUUUGCUUGCUUUCAACAUUGAGGAAAUUUGGUCAUGGCCGUUUUGGUACAGAGGACUUUUCACCACCUUUGGUCAGCAUGCAAUUGUUGAAAACGACAAUGAAGGUCCUGUGUGCUACUAUGACACGUGGUAUGCUGACUGCAGAGAAGAGUCGGUAACAGAAGUGUCAAGACCAUUGCGACUUGACUCCAUGCACAAUUUGUGGCAACAUGACAUCCAACACCUUUGGAGAGACAAAAUCCAAGAGGGAAUCCCCAUACAUGUUGUUUGGGUCAUGCCAGCGCCACCACCGCAGCCAAUGUCUAGGUCAGCAGGUCACCUGAUCAUUUAUCAAUUCCCGAAUGAGAGACUUGUCCCUUUUCUCACGACCAUUCAGUUUGUUGCUUUGGAAGAUCAUGGAACCACAAUUGCAUGCGUUGUUGGUGACCCUUCUGCCACUCCUGUGGCGAUUGUCCAGCGGCUCAAUUUGGACAGGGUUUGCAGGGGACGCCUAUGCACAUUGCACAGAGGAGCCAUUUCAGGAGGCAUCAGACACACAUGGACGAUGCCCAUUGUGAUUGGUGAGAACUUGAGGUUAGUUAUCCCGCCUUUCGGUGCAAGAGCCCAUAUUGACAUACUCUCAUAUCCAAAUUGUGUGGAAAUUGUUCAGACUGGCCCCAUUCCAGAUGCUUUUGACAUUUCGAUGCGUUUGGAAGAUCAUUCUGAGUUCACUCGUGAACUACAUGAAUACUGGACUCAAUUUUCACGCCGAGGACCAGCCGGUCUGGAGAUGUUGCUUGAAAUUAACACAUGGUAUUUGGAUGCUCAAUUUGUUCCUUUCAACGAACAGUCUCGUCCUGUGAUUCUUGGCGAAGACUUCUUUCAGUGGGAACAGCAGAUCAGAGAGAAAUGGGCAGACCUUGCAGAUGCCAGUGCAGACAUUACAUUUGUUUUUGUCCGCCCAACGCCCCCAGGCUGGCCAAUUGACCAUAUUCACGUUCUUGCGCUUCAGCAAUUUGAACCUGGCUCCACAGGCAUUGGAGGACUAGUCACCAUCUAUGACGAGGCUUUGGGAAGGGGUGCGCCUUCCACCAUUGCCACAGUGCUUCCAAGGGAUCUCAACAGACAGAGACUUGUGGACGCUUCGGGUCGACAAGUCUGGCCAGGUCAUAGUUGUAGUGCUUGGUUUGAAGGUUUUGAAAUAAGGGAUUCAACCGUUUUUCAGGCAUCUCAUGGGCAAUCCUUUCUUGUACAGAUCUCCAGACCUCAGCUUCAAUCAUGGGACCAACCUUUGCCAGCAGAAGAUACCAAUGCCCUUCUACAGCUUAGGGUUGAGUCCGUCUUGCCAGCGGUGACAUCAAAUGAAGUCAGGCCAGUUGCCAAAGUGCAGGCAACGACUGCCAUUCGCUUGAUACCUGCCUUUUCAUUUGAUUCAGCAGAUGUGACCCUGCCAUCCUUCAUUGAAAUUGAGGAAGAUUUCGGGAGUCAGGAAGUUGAGCAUGAACUGCUCUCAUUUGGGUUGCAAGUCAUUGCUUUUGUCAUUGAUCAGAAGUCGGCGGCUUUGUGUUGUCCACUCGUUCCAGUCACACAGGAGCCUGUAGGACGCAUUGUCUCUGUGAAUUUGAGCCCUCAAGCAAUCCAGAGAUAUCAGGUGCACUAUUUUCAACAAGGCUGCAAAUGUGAUGACAUUCAACUGAUGCAGAUCUUGCAAGCUGCGGGUUUUGCCAAAGCUGUUAUCCUCCAACAAUUCUGGCAUCAGCAUGAUGUAGCAGAAAUCCAUUUCACAAUACCUGAGGGAACUUUGGCAGUACCUGUAGGCCCUGUACGUGUCCAGAAACCUUGGCCUGCCCGCCAGCCGAUUGUGCCGGCAGCACCGAUGUUUCAAUUGCACAACGAGGAAGUUGCACAAUGUGCUCUGGAACUCGGAGUUUCUGCAGCAGACAUCCAGAACUUCUUCACUAAAGUGCACUGGCCGCUUUGUGACAUCACUCACGAUCUUGAUUUGCCGGAAUGUUCCGCAGUCGCAUGCCAGUCACUUGACCGUUUGGAACACUAUGACCGUUUAGUUAUUUACACUGACGGAUCGUCACAUUCAGGGCGUCUCCAUCGUUCCACUGCUUUUAUUGAUGCUACCUCCAUCCCAGACUCAUGGGCAUUUCUGGUUUUGGGGGAAAAGUAUGGACAGGAUGAUGUUAGCAGUCUUGUAUUGUUGGGUUGGAUGUCUCAUCAGGUGAGAUACGAACAUACCAGCUCUGCCUUCCUUGGUGCCAGAUCGGUGAACCCACUGAUUGCUGAGCGUGAAGCGCUCACCUGGGCGUUUCUGUGGAGGAUUUUUCUAAACACCAACAAACCAACAACAUUUCGAACGGACUCUGCCACCACCAAAGGUCAGGCCGAGGGUACCAUUGGUACUUCAGAGUGUGACAUGUCAUUUCAGCUGCUUAGAGGUUGCUACCACUUGCUUGAGACAGCCCUCCCGUCUGAUGCUUUGCAGAUCUCACAUGUUUUUGGCCAUUUGAAUGAACCAUGGAACGAGUUCGUAGAUCAUGUUGCCAAACGUGAGGCGCAGGCUAGCUACUAUUUGAGCUGGCCAGACGUCGACCUGAACAGAUGGAAACCGCUGAUUCCCCAUCUCUGGCUUAUCUUUGCACAGAAAUUUGGAGCGCCUAAAUUCUGUGGCAGUAGUUUUGCGGUACCGCCACCAGCGCUUCCAUGCAUUCAAGCCUCAAAGGAUUUAGCCCCGGAGGACAAACCACAGUGGACUCAGAUUGACUUUGUUCUUAGUCUUGUGACGGCCAAUGUUCAAUCUCUUGGACGCUCGGCAGAUGGCUUUGCAGGCAAGACCUCAUACCUCAGAAAUCAAUUUGCACAAUUGAAUGUCAAUUUUCUGGGGAUCCAAGAAGCACGAUCAGAAGAAGGUGCGUCUCAGGUCGGAGAUAUCCUUCGACUUUGUUCAGGUGCUUGCAAGAACAAUCUCGGUGUUGAGUUGUGGUGCAAUCUUUCAUGCCCUUUGGGCUGGAUCAACGGGAAGCCCAUUUUGGUCAAGAGAUCAGACGUGAAUGUAGCACAUCGAGACCCCAGACGGCUGUUGACUCAUUUUCAGAUUGACCUUAUGCCUUUCUGGAUUUUAGUGCUCCAUGCACCACAGAGCGGCCAAUCCCGGGAUCUCAGGGCAAGUUGGUGGACGGAGACGCAAGAAUUACUCCACAACAUUGUCCGUUCUGAUGAGCCACUUUUUGUUUGUAUUGAUGCAAAUGCGGCACCAGGACCAUGUGACCACAAACAUGUCUUUAUCAAGGGUUUUGAGACGUCCUCCAGCACACCAUUUCUCAGGGACUUUCUUGAACUCUUUGAUUUGUGCUUGCCAGCCACUUGGAGCAAACAUAGAGGUGAUCGUGAGACCUGGACAUCGCCUGAUGGGCAUUCGUCUCACAUGAUUGACUUCAUUUGCGUGCCUAUUGACCUUUUUGAUCAGGUGACUUUCUCAUGCUUGCUUGACAAUUUUGAUCUAGGUACUCAAAAUGUCGAUCACACAGCCACGGCACUUGAGAUCAGGUGGCAAAAGAAUCAUGAAGUACUGCAGUCUCAUGAUAAGACCAAGUCACGUGUUGCCUUCGACAGAGGCCAGAUUGCCAGCGCCCAACUGCAGAAGCACUUACAAGAUCACUGUGUUCAGCCAUGGAACUGCAGUGUUGAUGUCCAUUUUGAUGAUUUGCAAGAACAUUUCUUGACAUGCCUGUCAAAGAGCUGCCCAAGGGCCAAACAACUUCGAAAGAAGCCAUAUCUCACAGAGGCAUUAUGGCAAUGCAGAUCCGACAAGAUCUUGACCCGACGCAAACUCAAGGAAGCCAAGAAGCUCUUGAUUCGGGAAACACUUGCAAGGAUUUUUCAAGCUUGGAAGACGAGGGACAUACAAGACGCCUCACCAGUGCUAGCCCUGUCUUUCAACUUUGGCACCACUUUGCGUUGCUCUCUUUUGAAACUGCUGGUAAAAUUUGUGAAAGUUUCCAAGCAGCUAGCCAAGGGGCUUCGCCAGUCAAAGUUUGAACAUUUACACCAGAGACUUGAACAGCUUCCUGCGGAAGCUUCAGCUGGCCAAAUCCAACAUCUUCUGAAACCAUUCAUUGGGCCAAGCAGCAAGCUUAGACAGGGCAUGCCACCUCUACCAACUAUCCGCAAUCAACAGGGAGAGCUUUGCCACAGAAGACAAGACACGAUUGAUAGAUGGGUUGAACAUUUUGCCGCCAUUGAAGGAGGUGAAAGGAUCAGCAUGAGUGAGCUGCAUUCCAAAUGGGCCCACAACCUUGCGUGUCUCUCUUCUGAGGAAUGCCGGCUCCCCAUUCAAGAAAUCCCCACCCGAGUUGAGCUUGAGUUCGCACUACGUCAAAUGAAAGACGGCAAAGCAAGUGGACCAGAUGGCAUCCCAUCGGAGCUAUGCAGGCAUUUUCCGGGACCGGUAGCUUUACAAAUCUACACGUUGCUACUCAAGUCUGCAAUUCAGGGCCAUGAGCCACUCUUGCUGAAGGGCGGUGUUGCUCUGCCGAUUUGGAAGGGCAAGAAAGCCAAAGAUACGUGCAAUGCGUAUCGCUCAAUCCUCCUUUCAUCAAAUAUCGGAAAAGCAAUUCACAAGACCAUGCGCAUGAAGCAAACGCAGGUCUAUGAAGCCUUUUUGGCCCACCAGCAGAUAGGGGGCAGAAAGAAGGUCCCUGUGGUCCUGGGAUCACAUCUCGCCAAAGCCUUUCUUCGUGUCCACCAUGCACAACUUCAUGCUACGGCAGUUCUGUUUGUGGACCUUGAGGCCGCUUUCUAUCAGGUUGUCAGACCGCUCGCGCUGGCGGGUAAGUGGAAUGAUGAGAUUUUGGCCUCCAUGGCGCAACGUUUGCGCAUGCCGGAGGACACAAUCCAUGCCUUGUAUCAACAUUUGCACCAGCCAAGUGCCAUCGAGCUUGCAGGCCUUCCUCAAUUUGCCCAAAAUGCAGUCAGAGCAUAUCACACAGAUACAUUUUUUCAGGUUCCCUCGCAGGAAGACUGCGUUCAGACGCAUCUUGGCACAAGGCCGGGUGAUGCAUAUGCAGACAUAGUGUUUGGAUUUCUCAUGGCUCGAAUCUUGCACCAGUUUUGCGCACGUCUCCAAGCCCAUGAUGUCAUUUCUCAGAUUCCACAGUGCGAUACACCUUCAUGGUUUGAAACGCAUUGUCAUGGAGGACCCCUACAGAAGACCUGCAUUGACUUCAUUGGGCCCACGUGGAUGGAUGAUUUAGCUCUGUGCCUCUGGGGAUCAUCAAAUAAUGCACUUGCCAGCAAGCUUGGAACAGCAACAAGCACCCUGUUAGAUCUCAUGCGUGAACAUGCCAUGUGCCCAAACCUUUCGAAGGGUAAAACAGAACUGAUGGUCACCCCGAAAGGCCCUGGCACCAAUGCAUGGAAAAAGAGAUUGUAUGGGCCACAGGCCACAGGACUUUACCCGAUACUUGGGGAAGCUGAGACAUACCAAGUGCCGGUUGUGUCGUCAUAUGUCCACCUCGGUAGCAUCUUGCAUCACUCAGGUUCCAACAAACAGGAAGCCAAACGCAGAAUUGCGAUCGCCAACGCCUGCUUCAACAAGCACAGAAAAUUGAUUUUCCAGAACCAUUUGCUGCCCCUGAAAAAGAGGGUUGAACUCUUUAACAGUCUUGUGAUGAGUAAGCUUUGUUAUGCCAUGGAAACGUGGACCCUUGCUGAUUGGAAAACACGUGAAUAUGUGCAUGCUGCCAUCAUGCGACUGUACAAAAGACUCCUCAAGAUUGAUGUGGCAGACCAUGUGUCGGACGAUCAAGUGCUGUGUGCUUUAGAAGUACCAUCACCUUCAGAAGUCCUUCGCCGUACGAGACUGAGGUAUAUUUCCACAUUGCUUCAAGUUGACAAAUCAGCGUGCUGGGGACUACUCAAUCAAGACUCCAUUUGGAAUCGGCUAGUGCAGGAUGACUUAUGUUGGAUGUGGAGGAACCUUUGCAACUCGAGUGACUUAGGUCCACCUGAUACCCACAUUGCCAGAUGGAUCGAAAUCAUGCGCUUUCACCGAUCCUUUUGGAAAAGGCUGGUUCGUAGAGCAGUUCAUCAUUCCAUCGCCCAAAGAAAGAAGGAAUUCAAAUGCCAACAAUUCCAUCUUGGCAUCCGAGAGCUCUUGCAAGCCCACCACAUUUGGCCUAAUGCAUCAGACCAGAAUCAGACGGUGGCCCAUGAUGCUGAAGCCCAGGUUUUUGGAUGCAUGUGUUGCCAGUGCAGUUUUCGUACCUUGGGUGGGGAGGGUGCACAUAUGUUUCGCAAGCAUGCGGUUGUGCAUCCUGUGCGUAUUUCACAUGUACACUGGGGACUGUAUGAAUGCAUUGUUGAGACUGCCAUAGAGCUGGAACAACCGACCGCACUCUGCGUGACUCUGAAGACGGUCAUCACAUCUUUUGCCGUGACUCAUUGCUUGCAAGAACUCAUUGAUGCAGCAGCAUGGCCUUUUUUGCAGCAACCGAGAAACACUGCCCCACCUUGCCAACCGGACUGCGUGACCCUGGAAGCACAGUGUCGCCAGAUUGCUUUUCAGAACAUGCGAGAGGAGCAAAGACGCUUGGGGCGUCACAGAGUGAUACUACAUGCGUUCAGUGGCCGCCGGCGGCCGGGAGACAUUCAGUUCUUCCUUGAAGCGCUUUACAAUUCUGCAGAUGGUACUGUUUUACAUGUUGUUUCCCUUGAUUUGAUGACAGACAGAAUCUGGGGAGACGCAUCUAGAAGUGAAACUCAGCAGUUUUGGAGAGCCGCAGCUGAUGAUGGCCGAGCGCACGGCUUUUUAGCCGGACCCCCAUGUGAGACUUGGUCCCAAGCUAGGUUUGUGGCCACAGGGGAUGACCGGGGUCCUCGUCCGGUGAGGUCCACUUCCCACCUUUGGGGGUUGGAGGCUCUCAGCCUCCGUGAAUUGGAACAGGUGCUCAUGGGCAAUGAACUUUUACAGUUUUCUCUGGACAUGAUGCUCCGCCUAUAUUUUUCUGAUGGUUUUGGAGUUGUCGAACACCCUGAUGAGCCGCAGGAUGAAGACAAACCAUCCAUUUGGAAACUUCCAGUUUUGGACCUUUUUCGUGCCAUCGAGAACUUCCAUGAAAUCCGAUUUGGGCAAGGUUUGCUUGGGGCGGCCAGCCCCAAGCCCACGAGAUUGCUGGUUCUCAAUUUGCCGGGGCUACGGACCACAUUGAGGAGACACCAUCUUUCAAAAGACCCCCCAAAGAGUUCAUCGAUCGGAAAGCAGCAAGAUGGCACGUGGAAGACGGCGUACUUAAAGGAGUACCCGCCCGCUAUGAGUAGAGCUCUAGCGGUGGAAUUCAAAGAGUGGUUCCAACGACAGAUUACAGACUGCUCGUUGCAAGGGGAUCACGCUUUUGUAUCCCGAUGUCGCCAGAUGAACGCACGGCGGUUCACAGAGCACAUCGGACAGGAUUUUGCUUCAAAGUAA